UAUAUAUAUAUUUGUGUGUGUUAAUUUAUCUUUUAAUGCAUCCUCUUAAUUUGGCUUUUCUUCUUUUUACGUGGAGGUCCUAUAUAUGUACAAGUUCUUGAUAAUCUCUACAGCGGAUUCUUCCAUGUCAGAACAUGUUUUGAGUUCUUCCAAUCUUUCUGCCUAUAAAUUUAUCACGACGACGUUUUUUUAUAUUUUCUAUUGGGAUUAAUCAUGGCGAGGUCCUAUAUGAAAUGCAUGCACUAACUACUAUUGUUACAGCAAGUCACAACGAUGGUGAUUAAGGUUGACCUUGGAUGCGAAAAAUGCCACAAGAAAAUCAAGAAAGUACUGUGUGGUAUUCCUCAAAUCCAGAACCAGAUAUAUGACAAGAAGGAAAACACAGUGACAAUCACUGUGGUGUGUUGCAGUCCUGAAAAGAUCAAGAAAAAAAUAUACUGCAAAGGAGGUGAAGCUGUCAAGUGCAUUGAGAUCAAGCUGCCUCCACCUCCACCUCCACCUUCACCACCACCUCCACCUCCACCUCCACCUCCACCUCCACCUUCACCACCACCAUCACCACCUCCAUCACCACCUCCAUCACCACCUCCACCACCAUGCACAUGCACAUGUUGUGAAAAAUGCCGCCGAGGCCCAUGUUGUCAUCACUUUUGUAUGCCAAUAGUACCUCCAUAUUUUCAUGUACCUUGUAGAUGGUCAGAGUGUGAUCUAUGGGGAGAUGGUUGUUGUAGUUGCCGAAGUAGGGGUUACUAUGUGUGCAGAAGUGCAUAUGUUUAUGAAGAGUACUACUAUCCCCCGACAUGCAAAUGAUGUAAAGGGAAAUCAAGUUCAGAAGACCGAUGAUUUGAGUCAACGUCCAACAUCAAACGUUGGAUUCAAAUCCAGUGGUCAUGAGGGACCUUAGUACUGUUGUUGUAUUUAUAUCAUCUGUUUUGUGAUGCACGACUUCAUUUGUUACAUGUUUGGUCAACAAAUAUGGGAGGCUUUACUACCUAGUCUUUGUUUUUUAUGCUAUCUUAUCUUUGUAUAGUCCCUUUGGAUGUUUUCUUCCAAAGUGCUAUUAUCUGUUUCAAAAAACCCCUCGAUCUCCAUCUAUUCUCUCGUCAUUUUUUUGCCGGAUGAAAUGCCCAGAAACAACAUCAUUCGACCGUACUUUGUAAAUGAUAGUUUUCUUAUAAUAUUGUUUUUGUUUUAAAA